CUUUGAAGAUGAACUCAGUGUAACUCUAACAUACAUAUCUUUAUUCCGAUAUUUAAGUAAUAGUGCUAUUGGGCCCAUGCAUAGCAUGGGCUAUCCUUUACUAGUUUCUAUAUAAAUUGGAACCUCAUGAUAAUACUAAGUUUAGAUGGUUUUCUGGAAUUUAUAUCUAAGAACUAACUAAGCUGACAGAAUGAUGUCCUCCAUUAUUCUUUCUAUCGCUAAGAGGAUAUAUUGAAAGAAAUUAGCAGUUAGCUAAGCAAUUCCAUCCCUUAUAGUCAUGGUGUUUCCACCUCACUUUUCCCAAAUCGAGUUUCUUUCCAUAAAAGUUGUUCAUUACCAUUUUGUAAUGCACAUGCAUAUCUUGUGCCAACCUUGGGGCUUUUUCUAAUAGCUGGGAUGAUAGUGUACAUCUGUUUUGUAGGCUAUGCUCCAUUUUAUUUACUCUGAUGAGCUUCCGGAUUUGCUUGAAAUUGCUGGCUCUACUUCAACACGUACAUCUACUAUAAUGAUGCAGCAUAUAUUGGCUGCAGCGGACCGCUUUGGUUUAGAUAGGCUGAAACAGUUAUGCGAGGCUAAAUUAUGUGAAGAAGUUAAUGUGGAUACAGUGGCUACGACUCUUUCCCUUUCGGAGCAGCAUCAAUGCCUACAGCUUAAAGCCAUAUGUUUGAAAUUUGCAGCAACAAACUUGGGAGUCAUGCAGUCAGAAGGAUUUAAGCACUUAGAAGAGAGCUGCCCGUCACUGUUGUCAGAGCUACUGGAAACAGUUGCAUCAGUUGAUGAGAAGGCGACUGUGAUGUCUAGCAAGAAAAGGACUAGCAGCAGCAUCUUUGGGUUGGAUCUGGCAGAUGGUGCUGCAGCAGAAUCUGUUAAUCCAAAUGCUAGGCGUGUGCGAAGACGGAUGUAAUCUUAUAGUAGUCUUUGAGUGCAAAGCAAGCUUCUUGGUAGAAAAUCUGCUACUAGAAAAUUUAGCUGAUGAUUAUGUUUAUGUUAGUCAAUUCGUUGUUACCGGGAUGUAGGAACAGUUCUAAUGAGCUUAAGUGAUAACUUUUAAUGUUAGCAUUAUUGGUUUCAUGUCCUCUGUUGAUCCAAACAACCUAAGGGCAGGAUAGGUGGUCUAUAAUGUAUCUUGUUAUCUUUUUUUACUACCUGAGCUACUUGUUUCUGUAAGACACAGCUUUAAUGAAUAUGUAACGAGUUCCCCAUAUAAGUGAUGCACGUAUUAUUUUUUUGCUCA